AUGUCUCAAACACAGGAAAAGGCGCAGGAGAAGCUCAUCGAGUCGACUUCCUCGGUGCCACAGAGCACGGCGGCUCAGCAGAGCGACAAUGUUGCGCAUGCGCUGGCUGGCGCUGGUGGAGGACUGCUGUCCAUGGCCCUGACCUACCCGCUCAUCACCCUCUCUACCCGCGCGCAAGUCGAGUCGAAGCGCGCGCAGUCGUCGACGCUCAAUGCCGCGCGCCGCAUCAUCAAGCGCGAGGGUGUCGCCGGCCUCUACGCCGGUCUCGACUCUGCCCUCUUCGGCAUCAGCGUCACAAACUUCGUCUACUAUUACUGGUACGAAUGGACCCGCUCCUUCUUCGAGAAGGCUGCGCUCAAAGCCGGUCGCGCCUCCUCAAAGCUCACCACGGUCGAGUCGAUGAUGGCAGGCGCCCUCGCCGGCAGCGCAACCGUCCUCAUGACCAACCCCAUCUGGGUCGUCAACACGCGCAUGACUACGCGCAAAUCCGAAGCCUCCGACGAGUCGCUCCCGGGCGCACCUACACCCGCGCAGAAGGCGCCAUCGACGCUUGGCACGCUCUUCGCCCUCGUCCGCGAUGAGGGCCCCGCGCGCCUGUUCGCUGGUGUCAUGCCGGCGUUGGUCUUGGUCAUCAACCCCAUUCUGCAAUACACCGUCUUCGAGCAGCUGAAGCAGAUGCUGGAGAAGCGGAGGAGGGUUACGCCCAAGGAUGCGUUCUACCUUGGUGCGCUGGGCAAGCUGUUGGCUACCAGCAUCACCUACCCGUACAUUACUGUCAAGAGCAGGAUGCACGUUGCGGGCAGGGACGGACCCAGGGAGGACAUGUUGACCACCUUCAGGCGCAUCAUCAGGGAGGAGGGAUACACUGGCCUGUAUGGAGGCAUCGGACCCAAGGUCACCCAGAGUGUCAUCACCGCCGCCUUCCUCUUCGCUUUCAAGGACGCUCUCUACGCCUACACGAUCCAGGCACGCAAGAAGCUUGCGAUGCGCAAGGUGUAG